GCCGAUACAACAACACACAUGCACAUAAGCGCGCCCACCGCCGGCGCCUGACGAGUUUCUCUGCAGCCGUGGGCCGGGGCACACGCUCCCGCCACUACACUCGCCACCACACCACGGAACGUGCCAGAGCCUUCACUCCUUCAAUUGGUGCAAUCAUCUAGUUGAGCGUAAACAAACCGGUAAACAUGGGCACGCGCUGGUUAGGGGUACUCGGGUGCUUAUGCGCCCUGGUCGUGCUGGGACAUUCCGCUGCAGUGCCCACUCAGGAUACUCUUGUCGUCGCCCGCUCUGAUGAGGAAGGGACCACGUCAUCGCCAGUGGACUCGACAACAGAAGAAGUGACAAAGAUACAAGGGCCUACUACGGAAGAGCCCAGCCCACCGGUGAAGCUGACGGAGAUGACGGUGAACUCUGAAGUUACGAUGCGGUAUGCGCAUACGGCGGUCGUGACGCGCGUACGCAACCCCGCCAAGCGCGCGCAGGAAGCCACCUUCAGGGUGCUGUUGCCGGAGACAGCGUUCAUCAGCGGAUUUACCAUGAUCCUCGACGGCAAGCCAUACAAAGCCUACGUGAAGGAGAAGGAAGAAGCCAAGCAGAUAUACUCUCAAGCUGUGUCUCACGGCAUUGGCGCAGCGCACAUUGCUGCCAAAGCUCGUGACUCAAACCACUUCACAGUGUCAGUGAACGUAGAGCCCAAUACGACGGCAGUGUUCAACCUGACAUACGAAGAGCUCCUUGUCCGUCGUAACAACGUGUACAACCACGCCAUCAACCUGCACCCGGGAGGUAUAGUGCCGAAACUGUCCGUGACGGUGCAUAUCCGCGAGGCGCAGAAGAUAACCGAGCUGAGGGUACCUGAAGUCAGGACCGGCAAUGAAAUCGAUGCUUCUGAAGAUGAUGCCCAGAACUCUCAGGCCGUGAUCACGCGCGGUCACGACGACCGUGAAGCCACCAUCACGUUCUCACCGGACCUCGACGAGCAGCGGAGACUCAUGCAGAUUUAUGCUCAAAAAAGCAAGGAAACCCAGUCACACAGCCACAGUUGGUACCCGGAGACGGAAGAAAGCCAGCCAGAUGGUAUUCUGGGACAGUUUGUGGUCCAAUACGACGUCGACAGGCCUAAGGAAGGCGAAAUUCUGGUCAAUGACGGCUACUUCGUCCACUUCUACGCGCCCAAGGACUUGCCUCCUCUCAACAAGCACGUGGUCUUCGUACUUGAUACUUCAGGUUCCAUGAUGGACCGCAAGAUCGUGCAGCUGCGGGAGGCCAUGCAGACCAUCCUGGGUGAACUCAACCCUGGCGACUACUUCAACAUUGUUGAGUUCGCCACCUCUGUUAAGGUAUACGACCUGCAGCAUAUCGAGGAGCCGCCGAAGAAUCCGUCAUACAGCUACUUCUCGUUCGAGGUGAAGCCACCUGUGCUGCAGCCGCCCUCGCCCGCCACGCCUGAGAACAUAGCGCGCGCCAAGACCAUCGUCAGCAGGCUCACUGCCAAUGGAGGAACCAAUAUCGCAAGCGCUCUCAACGUGGCAGUAGACCUGAUCCAAAAGGGUAUCGGCUGGACUCCAGAGACGACUCCUGCCAAUGCCACCAGUGACAACGAGGCACCCAGGGCUCUGCCCCAGGAAGAGAAGACCGCUGAGACUACCACUGAGACACCCAAGGUCGAGAAGCCUGAACAAACUGAACUCGCCAAGCCUGAUAACAAGGAUGAUGACAAAAUCAAGCUAGAGCCGAUCAUCAUCUUCCUGACGGACGGCGACCCGACAGUCGGCGAGACCGACCCCGCGCGCAUCAUCACGCGCCUCUCCGAGAAGAACUACGGUGAAAACAAGGCUACCAUAUUUUCUUUGGCUUUCGGCGAGGACGCUGACCGCAAGUUCCUGCGCAAGUUGUCCCUGCGCAACGAGGGCUUCAUGCGGCACAUCUACGAGGCGGCGGACGCGGCGCUACAGCUACGAGACUUCUACCGACAGGUGUCCUCGCCGCUGCUGGCUGACGUGCACUUCCAAUAUCCCAAGGAUCAGGUAAAAGAAGGUUCAGUGACGAAGAACAAGUUCCGUGCGGUGUACGCGGGUUCAGAGACGGUGGUGGCAGGGUACCUGGCGGACACGGCCGUCGAGCUGACGCCGCGACUGUACGGUAUAUGCGGCGUCGACGACGGCUUCAUCAGGAAGAAGUAUGAGAUAUUCCCCAAAGUCCCAGUAGCGCGGCCAGCCGGCGAGUACUUGCCUCUGGAGCGGCUGUGGGCGUACCUCACCAUCAAGCAGCUGUUGGACCAACAAGACGCCGCCGACGAGCCGCUGGACAAGGAGAAGGAGAAAGAUGACGAGAAUACGCCUGAGAAGAAAGCGCUCAAGCUGGCUCUUAAGUACUCAUUCGUGACGCCGCUGACGUCUCUGGUGGUGGUGAAGCCGAAUGCCACCAACGCCGUCGAUGCUGAGUCAGUUGACAAGCAGGAUUCGUUCAACCCAAGCCCACUUCUUGCAGCGGUGCCAGCGUAUGCGUUCGGCAGCUCGUCGAUGGUGGGCGGGCCCGGGUUCGCGGCCGCGUCCGGCCUGGCCGGUAUGCCCGGGGCUCCGCAGUUCGCUUACAAGGCCGCUUUCUCAUCUGCCAUAGGCCACGUGCUAUCAUCGCAUAUCGCUGACGACAUCCCAGUGUGGCAGGCAGAGUCGGCUCUCGACGUUGAAGAGGAGGAUAUGGAAGGGCCAGCUUACUUGUCUGAUCGUAGUGGUGGUGGCGACGAAUUUAUGCCGCUGGACUACUAUACUGGUGAGUCGUUGGACCUGUCUACGCCGUACGUUCCAACCACGACGUACGUUCCAUCCGCAGUGCCUCCCGUCGAUCAGCUGGCAGUCCUACAUCUCACGGAGUAUCCCUGGGUCCGCAGCGCGCUCAAGCCAGACUCCGACGCCAUACAGCUCUCCCUCAAAGGCAACGAUACCUCGGCUGAUAUUGCCGUGUUGGAUCUCACAAGAGAUGACGUUGCGCCCAAAGAAGCGGAGGACGCGGAGUGCGCACGCGCCACCGACGGCGCGGCCGGCGUUUGUGUGUACCUGACGCGGUGCGACGCGGCCAAGAACAUCACAUUAGAACAGUACAAGGAAACAUACUGCUCUGUCAACAAAUCGUACGCCGGUGUGUGCUGUCCGCGGGCGCAGGUUGACGUGGCGAAAGCUUGAUUCAAGACAUCAAUCAUUUAGUGUAGUGUACAUGGCACUUAUUGAGUGGCGAAAUAUGAAGUGUGAAACGUGAUGAAUCCACUAUUUGCUGUGAUAAAUGUUCUGUUCGAAUUUUUAAUAAUUAAUGUUGAUUUGUGACUACAUUGGAACGGUUUUUCUAUUUUAUGGUAUGACUUCGGUUUAACAUGCCUUCGAUAUAAUUAAGUGACAUUGUAUAGUGUCUUGGACGUGUUGUGAUGUGUGGUGCUAAUUUAUUGAAGAGUGCCAUCUUUAGAUUACUAUACAAGUACCUAGUUUAUAUUGUAAUUAAAAUGAUAACAAUACCUUAGUAUUGUUCAUUUGUACGUAGCUGUUGUAAUGUACACGUAAAAGUAUUAUCAAUUGAAUUUCAGCUUCAGUCAACUUAUAUUGAUGUUGUGCGGCUACGUGUGAACAAGAUUUGCCUUCCAAUCGUUUUUUAUACUUUGUAGAAUAAAUACGUUAAGACUUUAA